GCCAAACAAGUCACAAAAAUCCCUGCCUGCCUUCCUCUCCAAGUUCAUCUAUGGCGGUUCACACCGGUUAAACUAAACAUAAAACUAGGUCAAAUAGAGACACAAAGGACCAACCUUUUGCAGUCGAUGCACAAAAUCAGUCCCCCAAUGUUGAAGGCCUUAUCGUCUUCGUGUUUACAAGGAGGUCGAUUUCGCACUGCAACAUCGACUUUACAUUGUACCAUUCGUCAUGGAAAUGAGUUGAACUCGCCGCUACUCCGAGCCUUGGGUUCACUCAGAACCUCGAAUCGGCAAAACCCUAAUUUAUGUCGGAGAGUGUUUUUCUGUUCGGAUUCUAAAGAUGGGUCCGACUCCACGGCCGAGGCCGGGACCGAGCUUAAGAAGGUCGAAGUCGAAGGCGAAGAGACUGAUUCGAAAUCUUCAUCGGCCAUAGUUCCUACCAUGUUCAGACCUGAAGAUUAUCUUACGGUUUUGGCGUUGCCAUUGCCACAUAGACCAUUAUUUCCAGGAUUUUACAUGCCAAUUUAUGUGAAGGAUCCUAAAUUAUUAGCAGCCUUAGUUGAAAGUCGAAAAAGACAAGCUCCAUACGCUGGAGCUUUCCUUGUUAAAGAUGAACCAGGGAGUGAUGCUGGUGUGGCUUCUGGUUCGGACACAGAGAAAAACGUAUAUGAACUCAAGGGGAAACAGUUAUUAAACCGCCUUCAUGAAGUUGGUACACUGGCCCAGAUUACAAGUAUUCAAGGAGACCAGGUAGUCCUCAUUGGUCAUAGGCGACUGCGAAUAACAGAGAUGGUCAGCGAGGAUCCUCUCAUGGUCAAAGUCGAUCAUCUCAAGGAUAAACCAUAUAAUAAGGAUGAUGAUGUUGUAAAGGCAACAUCAUUUGAAGUUAUAUCAACCCUGAGGGAUGUUUUGAAGACAAGUUCCCUUUGGAGAGAUCAUGUUCAAACGUACACGCAGCAUAUUGGCGAUUUCAAUUAUUCAAGGUUAGCAGAUUUUGGAGCAGCAAUAUCUGGUGCGGAGAAGUCACAGUGCCAACAAGUGCUUGAAGAGCUAGAUGUCUAUAAACGAUUGAAACAGACUUUGGAAUUAGUGAAGAAAGAAAUGGAGAUCAGUAAGAUUCAGGAAUCAAUAGCAAAAGCAAUUGAAGAAAAAAUAAGUGGUGAGCAGCGCCGUUACUUGUUGAAUGAGCAGCUUAAGGCCAUAAAGAAGGAACUGGGGUUGGAGACAGACGACAAGACAGCACUUUCUGCAAAGUUUCGGGAAAGACUUGAGGGCAAGAAGGAGAAAUGUCCGCCUCAUGUUCUGCAAGUCAUAGAAGAAGAACUGACAAAACUGCAGCUUUUAGAGGCCAGUUCAAGUGAAUUUAAUGUGACACGUAAUUAUCUUGAUUGGUUGACUGCAUUGCCUUGGGGGAAUUACAGUGAUGAGAACUUUGAUGUUCUACGAGCGCAACAAAUUCUUGAUGAAGACCAUUAUGGAUUAACUGAUGUUAAGGAAAGGAUAUUGGAAUUUAUAGCUGUGGGAAAACUCAGGGGAACCUCCCAAGGAAAAAUCAUUUGUCUGUCUGGCCCUCCUGGAGUGGGCAAAACUAGCAUUGGUCGUUCAAUUGCACGUGCCUUGAACCGUAAGUUCUACCGGUUUUCUGUUGGAGGAUUGUCUGAUGUUGCUGAAAUCAAGGGGCAUCGUCGAACAUAUAUUGGUGCCAUGCCAGGAAAGAUGGUGCAAUGCCUGAAAAAUGUUGAAACAGCAAACCCUCUUGUCCUGAUUGAUGAGAUUGACAAGUUGGGAAGGGGACAUGCAGGUGAUCCAGCAAGUGCUAUGUUGGAGCUCCUUGAUCCAGAGCAAAAUGCAAAUUUUCUAGACCACUAUCUUGAUGUUCCAAUUGAUUUAUCAAAGGUUCUGUUUGUUUGUACAGCAAAUGUUGUGGAAACGAUUCCCAAUCCUUUAUUGGAUAGAAUGGAGAUCAUUACCAUUGCUGGGUAUAUCACUGAUGAAAAAAUGCAUAUUGCCAAAGACUAUCUGGAUAAAACCACUCGUAAAGAUUGUGGGAUUAAGUCUGAACAGGUUGAAGUGACUGAUGCAGCUCUUCUUGCUUUAAUUGAAAGUUACUGCCGAGAAGCUGGUGUUAGAAAUCUUCAAAAGCAGAUUGAGAAGAUUUACAGAAAGGUUGCUCUGCGACUUGUUCGACAAGGAGCAUCAAAUGAAUCUCCAUCUGCUGGAGUUCAGGUCGUGGGACCUAAUGAAGCCACAACAGAAUCUCUUUGUGAAUCGAGUGAAACUGUGGUUGGAGGGGAUACUCAGGUUGUGGCUGAUUCAGUAGACGGUGGCAGUAAUGAAAUGGCUUCAGAAUCCACUGAAGAAGCUGGCACAACCCAGAAGAAUCUUCCUGCUGACCAAAUCCAAUCUCCCUCUGAUCAAGCUAGUGAGUCAAAGGAUGCUCUAGAAACUGAGAAAAUCCAGGAAGGUGAAGCAAUCAAGACAGUCGAGAAAGUGUUGGUUGACACUGCAAACCUACCUGAUUUUGUUGGCAAACCUGUUUUCCAUGCUGAGCGCAUAUUUGAUCAGACACCAGUUGGAGUUGUGAUGGGUCUAGCAUGGACUGCUAUGGGUGGUUCCACCCUAUAUAUAGAGACCGCUUUGGUUGAGGAAGCAGAGGGUAAAGGAGCUCUCCAUCUCACUGGACAGCUUGGUGAUGUGAUGAAGGAAAGUGCCCAGAUUGGUCACACAGUUGCCAGAGCAAUAUUGCUUGAGAAGGAACCAGAUAAUCCUUUCUUUGCCAAUUCCAAACUCCAUCUCCAUGUCCCUGCUGGGGCCACCCCUAAGGAUGGACCUAGUGCUGGUUGCACCAUGAUCACAUCGUUGUUGUCUCUUGCCAUGAAAAAGCCUGUCAAGAAGGAUCUAGCAAUGACUGGGGAAGUAACACUAACAGGAAGAAUCCUUCCAAUUGGCGGGGUUAAGGAGAAGACCAUAGCAGCAAGGCGGAGUGAUGUGAAGACCAUUAUAUUUCCUGCAGCAAACAGAAGAGAUUUCGAUGAGUUAGCGCCUAAUGUGAAGGAAGGGCUUGAGGUUCACUUUGUAGAUGAUUAUGGUCAAAUAUUUGAUUUGGCAUUUGGUGACAGCCACUGCACAGAGAAAGUAUGACUGGGCCAAGCAGUUGACCAUUCAGCUUCGGUUUUUCCCCAUAAGUUCCGAAGCAGAGUAGCACCAAGGACGUCCUUUCAUUUUUAUGGUUUGGUCCAAUAUUUGAUAUAGCUCUCUUUUUAAAGAAAAAAUAUCCUUGUAAAACGAAAGCUACCCAGUUGUAUCAAAGUAUUAUAUUAUUCUUUGAGGUGACAAGUCAUAUAUGUUGUGGUGGCUAGAGAUGAAAAUAAAAAUAUGUUAGAACAGCAGCUUGAGGCUCGGUUCGUAGACGUGGUUCAUGCAUUACGGCUAUUCCAAGUUCAUAAUUGUCACAAUAUGAGCAUAUUUGUUUCUUCGUUUGUUUUCCUGUUCUUGUAAGCUUACGUUUUCGCUAAAUGAAAGUCCCAAUUCUUAUUUCCUUGAAA